AUGGUUGUUCAACUGAAGUGGAACCUGUAUGAUGAUGAGGGGUCUAUGCCGCUGCAUUGGGCCGUGGAGAGGAACCAGUCAGAGAGCUGCAGGGCUCUGUUAGAGCUGGGGGUCGAACCCAACGUCCUCAACAAGGCCUUGAUGUCUCCUCUACACCUGGCGGUCAGCCACCAACACAACCACCUGGUCAAGCUGAAGCACGGGGCACAGCUCAGUAGGCAGAACAAGCUAGGCCACUUCGCCAUCCACCACAGCUGCUUUCGCGGGCGCAAGCAAGCCAUGGAGGUCAUCCUCAAAGCUGGAGAGGAGAUGGGUCAUUCCAUAGAGGAACACAUUAACGUCCUGGAUAAGUCGUACAGUAGUCCUCUACACAUGGCGGUCAGGGGAGGAAACGUGGACAUGAUUAAGUUCUGCAUCCAGAAAGGAGCUAAGAUUGAUCAGCAACAGGUGGACCGGUCCACAGCGCUGCACUUUGCCUGUUCCCAGGGAGCUACAGAGGCUGUUAAACUGAUGCUGGCUUCCUACAGUAGAGUGGACAGCAUCAUUAACCUGCCUGAUGGAGCCUGCCAGACACCUUUACACAGGUCAACUAUAUUUGAUCACACAGAGUUGGCGGAGUACCUCAUCUCAAAGGGUGCAGACAUUGACUACAUAGACUGYAAGGGUCUUUCUCCCCUGCUGCUGGCUACUAACUGUGGAGCCUGGAGAACUGUGGCUCUUCUGUUGUCCAAAGGUGCCAACGUCAACAUAAAGGACAAGUCAGGGUGUAACUUCCUUCACCUGGCCAUCCUGCAGCCCAAAGGCCUAAAGAACCUCACAGGAGACAUCCUACAGCACAGCAGUAUGAUGGAUCUGUUGAGUACCGAGGACAACGAGGGCUGCACCCCGCUCCACUACGCUUGCAGACUGGGCAUCCACGAAUCUGUCAAAAACAUCCUGGUUCUACAGGUCUCUCUGGAGCGCAAGUCCAAGGACAAGAAGUCGGCCCUGCACUUCGCUGCCCAGUAUGGUCGUAUUAACACCUGCCAGCGUCUGCUGGAGACCAUCACAGACUCCCGCCUUCUGAACGAGGGGGACGAGAGAGGCUUGACUCCCCUACACCUGGCCUCUGGAGGGGGACACGCCAAAGUGGUGGAGCUGCUGCUUCGUAAAGGAGCUCUCUUUCACAGUGAUUACAAAGGGUGGACCUGUUUACACCAUGCGGCGGCAGACGGGUACACACAGACCAUGAAGAUCGUCCUGGCCACCAACWUCAAACUACUGGACAAGCUGGAUGAGGAUGGGAGCACAGCACUGCACGUGGCAGCUCGGGAGGGCCACGUAGCUGCAGUGAGACUGCUGCUGCAGAGAGGGGCGGAGAUCAGCCUCAACAAGAGCCACGCCUCCUUCUUCCACGAAGCACUGCAACACAGGAGGAAGGAUGUGGUCAACGCCAUCAUCGACAGUGACAGGUUUGAUCAGUCAUGUGGGCUGAGGGUUGCAGAAUUGCCGAAAUCCCCUAGGUUUUGGUUCCUGGUUGGAACAUUCCAGAGGGUUAGUUCAGGUCAUCAUCGACAGGAACUGGUUAGCAGUUUCCUGGAAUUAGGAGGGAGUAAGCAGGUAAUCUAUAGUUCUCCAACCAACAUUUCUGGAACACCUACAGAUUUGGGGAAAGUUACKGGAAUUUAUGGAUACUUUCAAAGACUUGUGAAAGUUCUCAGAUCCUUCCAGAUUAGCACAGUGCCAUGUGUCCAUGCRUCAUUUGUUUGUUUGUUUGUUUAUUGYAGAUGUAGUGACACCCUGAGGACGUUCAAACAUGAUGCUGGCCAACGUUGYCCAGUGUUGGAACUGGUUGACUUGYUGCCAGAGUCUUGCAAGCACCUACUGGACUGCUGCAUCCGAGAGUCAGAGGAUGAUGGCAACAGUCCUGACUAUCAUAUAGAGUACAAUUUCCAGUGGCUACAGGCACCGAUAGCACUAAAGAAACACGCAAAGACUGACAAAAGCCUGAAGGUCCAGCCCCUCGCCGCUCUGAAUGCGAUGGUGAACUACAACCGCAUAGAGCUCCUUACACACCCCGUCUGCAAGAAAUACCUGGAGAUGAAGUGGGUGGCCUACGGGAGCGUUGCUCACCUUCUGAACCUGUUUGUAUACCUGCUGGGUCUGCUUCCUCUCACCCACCUCAUAGUGAGCCUGAGACCCAGCAUGGACUACACCGGCCCUGACAACACCACAGCUAUCACAAUGGUGCCCAUUUCCUUCAGAGAGCAAAACUCCUUCCUGUCCAKUUGCAUGGUGAUGGUGCUAGUCAUGAACAUCUACUCCAUGGGGAAGGAAGUGAUGCAGAUGUAUCAUCAGGUACACGUUUGGAGUUACCUGAAGGACAUCUCUAACAUUCAGGACUGGUACUCAAUCAUCUUCUCUCUUAUCUUCGUUAUCGCCCUGUUCUUCAACGCUGAGGGGUCCUGGCACUCGGCUGGGGCACUGGCCAUAAUCAUGUCAUGGGUUAACUUCCUCCUCUAUCUCCAAAGGUUUGAGCACUUUGGGAUCUACGUGGUGAUGUUUCGGGAGAUUGCAAGGACGUUGUUUAAAAUCCUACUGCUAUUCUUCUUUCUGAUGCUGGCUUUUGCCUUGGUCUUCUAUGCCCUCAUGCUCAACCAGGAAGAGUUUGAGCGACUGGAUCUGUCAGUGAUCCAGAUCUUUGUGAUGAUGGUCGGGGAACUGAAUUACCAAAGCAAUUUUCUGGACAUAUACCUACAAAACAAAUUUCCAUUUCCCUUCAUCACUUUCUACAUGUUGGUGAUAUUUAUCAUCUUCAUGCCGAUCCUGCUGAUGAACAUGAUGAUUGGAUUGGCUGUCGGUGACAUCGCUGAGGUACAGAGAAGUGCCGCUCUGAAGAGAAUAGCCAUGCAGAUUGAACUUCACACCAAUCUGGAGGAGAAGAUGCCAUACUGGUUGUUGAAGAGAGUGGACCAAUCGUCCACCACCAUCUACCCUAACCGCCAGUGCUCCAAGUUCUGGAGUCAAGGAGAAGCCAACGAAGUGCGUACUCAUCUUUUGACCAACUCGUCAAAUUCAACCUCUGUCGAAGCUCAACUACGCAAACAGAAGCACAGACUGGAUAAGCAGCACGACCUGAUGAAGCUGAUGAUCCAGAAGAUGGAGAUCACCUCGGAGGCAGACGAACAUGACGGGCCCACAGAGGUCAAAGGUCACAGGCAGAGGUCAAACUGGGGUCGAGCCAAGUGCUCUAAGUGGAUCCCGCUGAUGAAGGCCAUCAAGCGCAAGAACGUUUUGAGUCCUUCACCUUAACUGGUGACCAUCAACUAUACGACAACUAAGAUAUUACCGCUAUUAUGACAUAUUAUUAUAGCACAUUUAAAAUAUAGUGGAAUGUCUUCUGUAUAUACACAAUCACUUAACUGAUUUCAAAUGUCUUGUAGGAUAGUAUGAUUAGCAUGAAUGAGCUAUCAGUAGGGAUACUAGUGCCGAUGCACUUUAUUGGUAUUUCGCCAUUUAUUUUUCAGAAUGUAAUUAAGCAAUUCUGUUG